CUACCCAGUCAAACACACACCACGUGUCCAUUCACCGUCUAAUCCAACGCCGUUAAUUCCGCUCCAACGAACGCCUUAAAAACCACGUCUACAUUUUCCCCCAUCUCAACCUCUCAUUUUUAACAGCGGUCAGCGAUUCCUCUCAAAAGAUCCUCUCACCGAGUCAGAAGGUUUAGAAGAAGAUGCCUUCAUCGUCGCCAACAACGACGACUACAACACCGCCAGUAACCGCUUCUUAUUGGUGCUACAGCUGCACCCGAUUCGUCAGCGUCUGGACCGAAUCCGAACAAGGCACCACCGUCAGCGUCGCUUGCCCCCACUGCGACGGCGGUUUCAUCGAAGAGGUAACCGAUUCCUCCGCCGCAGCUACCCCACCUUCCACCGAAGUUAGAUCGAUCGAUAACACCCGUAGAUCCGUGAUCAGACGGCGGAGAUCCGGUCGUCGUCCUUCGUUUAAUCCGGUCAUCGUCCUCCAAGGAGGCGCCGGCGGGGGAGAGAGAGAUCAUUCGGAAGAAGGAGGAGAACGACGCGGCGCGUUCGAGUUUUACUACGACGACGGAUCCGGAUCGGGUCUUCGUCCCCUUCCCGAUUCGGUAUCCGAGAUCCUGAUGGGAUCGGGGUUCGAGCGGCUGCUCGAGCAGCUGAGCCAGAUCGAGGCGUCGGGAGCGGGCGGAAUCGGGAGAUCCGGAAACCCUCCGGCGUCGAAAUCGGCGAUCGAGUCGCUGCCGAGAGUCGAGAUCUCCGAUCGACACGUGUCCGCGGAGGCGAACUGCGCCGUGUGCACGGAGGUAUUCGAGGCGGAGGAGACGGAGGCGCGUGAGAUGCCGUGCAAACAUGUUUUCCACGGCGACUGUAUCACGCCGUGGCUGUCGAUCCGGAACUCGUGCCCGGUGUGCCGGUUCGAGCUGCCUUCGGAGCCUAACCGAGGGAGCAGCGAGAGGGAGGAGGGUGAUAAUAACGCUGUGGGGAUGACGAUAUGGAGACUUCCCGGAGGAGGAUUCGCGGUGGGGAGGUUUAAUGCAGCGAUGGGAGAGGGGGAGAGAGUGUUGCCUGUGGUGUUGACCGAGAUGGAUGGUAGUGGGAUUGGUGGUGGGAACAGCAGCGAGGGUCCGAGACGGAUCUCGUGGGUAAGAGCACAGGGGACGGUCGAGUCAGAUAGUAGUAGCAAUGGUGGUGGUGGCUCCGGAUCGGGAGGUAGAUUGAGAAGGAUGGUUCGUGGGAUGGUGUCGUUGAUGAGGAGAGUGAGACCAAACCGUGGCUCUACCUCCUCUUCAUUGAAUCGUGUGGAUUUGGACAUUGAAGUAGAACCUAGGGGUUUGGAACGGUCGAGUUCAGUGAUGAGAAGAUACUUCGGGAGAAACAGAAGUAAUUCAGUUCUGCAUUGAUAAUUUGAUUGAUGAUGAUAUAUAUAUAUGUUUGUUCAUUCAACAAAAAUGUAAAUAUAAGGAUUCAGAAAAAGUUAAGAUUGGAACGAUCCAUUUUUUUUAUUUU